GAUAAACAAUUGUGUUGGAGAAUUUAAUCAGAAAUAUUUCAUUCAAUUUUUGCUCUAUGUUGGUGUGGCCAGCAUAUAUGCAAUUGUAAUUGUUGUGAUAUCAUGGAUAAAAGAGUGCAAAGACUGUAAUUUAGAUAUAAUCUUUAAACAACAUAGAGUGAUCCAUUCUGUUAUUCUUCUUAUUGAAAGCUUCCUAUUUGGAAUAUUUGUUAUAGCCAUUAUGUGUGAUCAAUUACAAGCUAUCUUGACUGAUGAGACAGCUGUUGAACAAAUUCAAAAGAAAGGACCUCAUCGUCCACGAAAACCAAAACUUGCACUUUUGAGCGAAGUAUGUGGAAGAGGUUAGUAGAAUUUUUUUCAUUCACAAAUAUAUUAUUAUAGUAAAAUAUUUAAGAAUCAAUAGAUAAGAUAUAAAAUCAAAAAUAGUAUCUUUUAUGUAAAUAUGAUUUGCAACUUUAUUCAAGAUUAGAUAUUUUUCUAUUUGAGAUCUGUUAGGCAGCAGCUGAAAAAUUUAGCCUU